GCCGACAAUUACGGGAGCUUACGUGGGUCCCUCCACUUUUAUAUUCACUCACUACACUCUUCUCUCAUUCUUCACUUAUCCUGUGUUUCGUUCGGUGUGUUCAUGGCUUCUUCUUCUUCUUCUUCCGCCUCUCGCGAGGGACACUACAGAGGGGUAAGGAAGCGACCAUGGGGACGCUACGCCGCUGAAAUACGCGACCCUUGGAAGAAGACACGUGUCUGGCUCGGUACAUUCGAUACUCCCGAGGAGGCUGCGCUGGCCUACGACGGCGCCGCUCGUUCUCUCCGCGGAGCAAAGGCCAAAACCAACUUCCCUCCGGCGCCCACUCUCUGCCUCGACCUCAACGCUCCCUCCUCCGAUCAUCCUUGGUCAUCGCUCCCCUCACGCGGUCUCGUCCUCACCGAGUUUCUUCACACCGGCGUUCUCAAAGAUAUCACCGCCGUCGAUCCACCUCAUCCUCCGCCGCCCGCGCCGGCUACUUACAGCCGUAGUGUUGGUGUCGGAGCCGGGCCUCAGGUGACGGAGAGUUCCCCGACGGCGUCGCUUUUGGGUCUGGUUCGGCGCGGGAUCCCCAUCGACUUGAACGAGCCUCCACCGUUGUGGCUAUGAGUCCUAACUCUCUAUAUUGUAGGUUUUGCACGGCGUCGUUUUGCGC